AUGCUCAGAUACCAAGGAGCAGCGCACGCCAACGGGAAAGACGUGAACGACGCAGAGAUAUCAAGAGAAAUCGCACAGCAGGGUCUUCUUACGAAGGACGUCGUCAGUCGUCGGGUAUCUCCGGGCACACGAAGGGGAUUCGCUCUCACCGAAGAAUAUGCGAAGAGGUUACGGAAGUCCAACGAAGAUCUGCCGAAGAUUACCGAGCAUACGACGAUGCCAAACACGCACCACAACGCCACAACGUUGGCGAAGAAGACACACAAGGUGUUAAAGUUGGACGCCACCACCGUGCCGCGGAACCAGAGGGCCCCAGGUGCGGGGGGACUGCCUGUGAUAGAACAGAGACUCCGGGGGCACAAGAAGGAAAUAGAGGCAGGAUGGGAAAGGUCAAAGUUCAACGAGUACGUCAGCGACUUGGUGUCGUUGGAAAGAUCACUUCCGGAUACAAGACCAGUCAGAUGUCACAAGGCCGAGGUCCUGGACAGCCUCCCCACGACCAGCGUGAUCAUGUGUUUCUGUGAGGAGGCCAUGUCAACCCUGCUCCGGUCUGUACACAGUGUCAUCAACAGGUCACCGCCACAUCUGCUCAAGGAAAUCAUCCUAGUGGACGACGCCAGUACUGCAGAACACCUGAAGAGGGAUCUAGACACGUACAUAUCCAGGUUUCCACAGGUGAAAAUUUUACACCUGCCUGAAAGGGAGGGACUGAUUCGUGCUCGUCUGCGUGGAGCUGAGAUUGCAAGAGGAGACGUCCUGACGUUCCUGGAUUCCCAUAUCGAGUGUAACGUGGGCUGGCUGGAGCCGCUACUGGACAGGAUCGGCAGGAACAGGACUACAGUACCGUGUCCGUCUAUAGACAGGAUCAACGAUAACACGUUUGGGUACGAGUCAGCCAAUGAGAACAUGCGAGGCGGAUUCACCUGGGGGAUGAAGUUUGACUGGGUGUCACUGCCUCCAAAGGAAGACGACAGGAGACAUAAGGACAUUUGGUUACAGAACGAGAUAAUCAAGUCGCCGACUAUGGCCGGAGGACUGUUCUCCAUCGACAGGCGUUUUUUCUGGGAGUUGGGCGGAUACGAUCCGGGCUUCCAGAUCUGGGGCGCAGAGAACCUGGAGAUAUCGUUUAAAAUCUGGAUGUGUGGAGGGAGUCUCGAGAUCUUGCCGUGUUCUCGCGUGGGUCACGUGUUCAGAAGAGCCAACCCUUACAAAUUCGGUGAAGCCGCCAGCCGCCUAACGGUUUUCUACCGGAACUGCAUCCGCUUGGUGGAAGUUUGGCUGGACGAAUACAAGAAGGUAGGAUAUUUUCUAUUCCUUGAACCCCACGUGGAGAAUGAGAUCGCCAACGCAGGGGAUGUCUCUGACCGUAAGCGCCUGCGGGACCAGCUUGGCUGUAAGAGUUUCCAGUGGUACAUCGAUCACGUCUACCCCGAGCUCAUCAUACCGGACUUGCGGGCCAAGGCACGGGGGGAGGUGAAAAAUCGCGCCAUGUCGCUGUGUGUGGACGCCAUGCACGGAGAGAAGGUCGGGGCGUACUUCUGUCACGGCGAGGGAGGGCAGCAGUCCUUCACGCUGCGAAUGGACGACAAGAUCAUGCUGAGGUGGUUUUACUCCGUCUGCCUGGCGGCUGGACUUCCCGUCAAGAACCACAAGGGGGCGUUUUUGCUCACCAAGAAACCGUGCACCCAUCCUGACGUCAUCGCGUGGAACCACACCAAGGGAGGUCCGUUUGUGGACCAGAAGACGGGGAAGUGUCUUGGAGUAGUGAUGUUGACCCCUGAAGAACGCCUGGUGGCUCUGCGCCCAUGUACCCAACAGAGGGUACAAGACUGGACAUUCCAAAACUACCUUGUCGAAAUGUGAGACAACCGCAUGGUCAACACGUAAACGUGAACCCCUAUAGUCAGUACUAAACCCUAGUAAUGAAAUGCCGUAAUAUAUAACUUCCACAGACUUAGCCCUACACCUAUACAUUAAUUUUAAUGUGUCUGACUAUAAUGUGUUUAACAUUGCCGUACAGUAUUCAUCGCUUCACGUAAAUCGUUAAGUUCCUUAUAGCCCACACAGACACUUUUAUCAGAAUAUUACCAUAGCUUUGUGCGAUAAUUCUUACCUUGAUGGAGUGAGGAAAACGCUGUUAAGUGCCUCUCUGAAGAGAAUAACAUUUGGGCCCUCCGGGGGAUCGCAUCUUGAUGUACAAUCAUUGUAAAACUCAUUACUUCGAACGGCAAUUUGUCGUUGGCGUUGGCAGUGGCACAGGAAGACAAGGCGCAACGCUAUUAAAAUGAUCUACAACAUAUCAUUUUCUAACAAGAUUGCUAGCGUACUCCUACAUCCUAUCAUAGGUAAUAUAAAAUAUUAGAUGAAUUGCGAAACUACAUACUUUAUAUAUAUCUUAUAUCUUAUCAUAAUCAUUUCCCGACGUAUAAUUAAAUAGUAGCGUUAAUUAUUCCCGACCGGAUUUACACUGCUGAGUAAUCUCAUUAUCUGUCAGUUCCAUGUACGUUAAUCUUAAACAAUAUUACCUAAGGCAUGUGGACAGGACGCCUACCAGACCUUACGAAACAGUAUAUCAUAUUUGUGGCUAGGGUUUUACAGAAAGUAAAUAGAUAAUCCACACAGUGUGCAAAUAGACUGAAGACUGAACUGAACUUUAUGGGCCAUGGCAACAUAUAUACAUAUUC